AUGGACGAGGGAGCCUUUGCCGCAGUGACAGCAGCACAACACCCUAUCGUCCCUUUGUCCCCUGCAGCAGAAGGUCAUUUAGUAUCUGUACUGCAGCAGCAGCAGCAACACUUACGUCAGCAGCACCUGCAACAACAGCAGCAACAACAGCAACAGCAACAGCAGCAGCAGCAGCAACAGGAAGAAGUUUCCCUUGAGUUCUCUGAAGGAAAGUCCCUUAGUGGUACUUCCUAUACAGACACAUGGGCUGCUCUUGACUGCAGCAGCACACCUGUUGCUGCUGCAGCUGCUGCUGCUGCAGUUGCUGACGCGGUGCAGCAGGAACCUAAAAGCAACAACAGCAACAACAGCAGCAGUAACUGCAGCAGCAGCACCACCAAGGACCUUGGCUUCUCAUAUAACCUGCAGGAGCCUCCGGCUCUUCUUCAUAGGCUGGACGUGCCUCUUACUGACUGCAGCAGCAGCAGCAACAGCAGCAACAGCAGCAGCAACAGCAGCAGCAGCGGCUGCAGCUGCUUGCUCGAGCAGCAAAAGGAGCCACAAUGCUCAUCAAGCUGCACGACAGGCCGAGCGGAAGCUGCGCAGCAGCAACAGCUGCUGAUACCUGCUGCUGCAGCAGCAGCAGCAACUGCAGCAGGAGGAACUGCGGAAGGAGGAGCAGCUGAAGCAGCAGUAGACCAUUCUUCUGCUGCUGCUGCUGCAGCAACCGCCGCCACCGCCCUUUGCUGCUCUACUGCCGACGCCAUUAGCGCCGCUGCAGCACCUGCAGCAACGACACCUCGACAGCUGCCAACUGCAGCAGAAGCAGCAGCUACUGCAGCAGGAGCAGCAGCAGGAGAAGGAGACGCUGCAGUAGGAGCAGCAGGAGAAGGAGAAGCUGCAGCAGGAGCAGCAGGAGAAGAAGAAGCUGCAGCAGGAGCAGCAGAAGAAGAAGGAGCUGCAGCAGAAGCAGCAGGAGAAGAAGCAGCAGCAGCAGAGAAGUCUUGGAGUCUUAUAUCUGCUGACGUUAGCUGUGCUGCUGACGAAGCUACCAGCAGCAGCAGCACAUCUGCUGCUACAGCAGCAGCAGAAGCAGCAACAGCAACAGAAGGAGCAGCAACUGCAGCAGAUAGUGUUGCUGAGCAAAGGUCUUCCUCUAGUCUACCAGAAUGGGCUGAGGAAGACACAACAGCAGCAGCAGCAGCAGCAGCAGCAGCGUCUGCGCCUGCUGCUGUUUACAGUACAGAAGGAGCAACAGCAGCAGCUGCUGCUGUAGAAGAUGGAGGAGACGCAGCGACUGGAGGAGCAGCACCAGCAGCAGCAGCAUCUGCUGCUGCUGCUGCUGCUGCAGUAGAGAGACGAAGACAUCACCGCAGCGGGAGAGCAGUGGGACGUUCGCGCAGCCAUCGUCAUCAUCACCGUAUUGCUGCUGCUGCUGCUGCUGCUGCAGCAGCAGCAGGUAGUGGUGGUGGUGGUGCUGCAGCACCAGGUGUAUGUACAGCAGGAGAGAGCCGACGCAAAGCCGACGGUAGAACUCCUCCCUCAUCAAGGAGAGGGAAGUCAAGAAGAAGAGCACAUGGGAGGAGGCUGCAGCAGCUGCAGCAGCAGCAACAACAACAACAGCAGCAGCAGCAGCAGCAGCAGCCCAUCAGGCUGACAUCAGAAGUUCUUAUGCAGCUAGAAACACGAACAACCAGUAUGGUUGAGUCAUCAGCAGCAGGAGUUGCUGCUGCUGAUGGCAGCAGUUCUUCGUUGUCUUUCUUUUGGUUAGUAAAAGAAAGGGCGGAGACAUCACGCCAACAGCAGCAGCAGCAACAGCAACAGCAGCAGCAGCAGCAAGGAGACGUGACAAACCGGCGUAACAACAAUAACAACAAUAGCAGCAGCGCAGCAGCAGCAGCAACAACAGCAGCAGCAGCAGCAGCAGCAGCAGGAGAAGGAGGAGGAGUAUCCCCAUCAUAUAACCCCUUAUUAGAAUCAUUACAAUUAGGAGAAGAAAUAAAUAUAAAUAAUAAUAAUAGGAUAAGAAGAAGAAGAAGAAGCAGGAGCAGCAGCAGCAGCAAUAGCAGCAACUGCAGCAGCGAAGUAUCAACAAAAGGUACUGUAGAUCAUAAAUGUCGUGAUGAUGAUGUCUUAAUAAAUUUAUGUCUAAAUCCAUCAGAUCUAUGGUAUGGAUUAACAAGACAGGAUGCGUCAGAGCUGCAGCAGCAACAGCAACAGCAACAGCAGCAGCAGCAGCAGCAACAGUUACAGCUGCAGCAACAACAAAUCGCAAAUUCAUCAAGGAUACAAGCAGCAGGAACAGCAGCAACUGCAGCAACUGCAGCAACUGCAACAGGAUUGACGACUAUCCAAGCUGCUGCUGCAGCAACAGGAUUGCCGCAGCAGCAGAUGCAGCAAAUGCAGCUUCCGCAACAGCAGCAGCAAAUGCUGCAACAGCGCCAAAGGGGCGCCGCUCCUCCACCGUGGCAGCAGCAGCAGCAGCUGCAGCAGCAGCAACAACAGCAGCAACUGCACCACCAGCUGCAGCAACCUGCACAUCAACAGUUUGUGAUGCCUAUGCAGCAGCAGCAGCAGCAGCCGGCUCAACUCCAGAUGCAGCAACAGCAGCAACAGCAGCAACAGCAGCAACUGCAGCAGCAGCUCUUGCUGCAGCAGCAGCAGCAUCGGGAUAGGAAGAGGAGACACAAGGAGCGUAAGAGAGGCAGGUCUUCUUCCUCUUCUGCUGCUGCUGCUGCUGCUGCACCAAUGGUUGCGGGAGGUCUACUGCAGCCGCAGCAGCAACUGCAGCAACAGCAGGAAUUAUUUGCUGCAGCAACAGCAGCAGCAGCAACAUCGAGGGAUUGUAGACGCCAUGAGAGGCGUCGCCGACAUCACUCCAAUGCAGCAGCAGCAACAGCAGCAAUAGCAGCAGCAGCAGCAGAGCAGCAGGGGCAGGUCCCCACAGGUGCUCCUCUGCUGCAGCAGCAGCAGCGGUCGCGACAGUUGGAUCGUAUGAUGUACGUACACCCAAUUGAGCCUGCAGCAGCAGGCAUAAUCAGCAGCAACAACAGCAGCAGCAACAGCAGCAGCAGCAGCAGCAGCAGCAGGGUCCCCUCAAGAGCGCUGCCGACCAGCAGUGCGCAGCAGCAGGCGUCUCUUAUAGGGGGGCCCUCUUGGGUACAGUCAUCUGCUGCUGCUGCUGCUGCAGCAGGAGCAGCAGAUGAUAUAGCUGCAGCAGAUCCAGCUGCUGUCAGUAGUCAUGCAGCAGGAUGGGGUAGAGUACAGCAGCAACUGCAGCAGCAGCAGCAGCAGCAGCAGCAGCAGCAGCAAGCUGCAGAUACGCCGCUAUUUAGGCCCGCUAGGAGACCCCGCAUCGAAGACGCAGUGUCCGAUACCUUCCCCGCUGCUGCUGCUGCAGCAGCAGCAGCAGGAGGAGCAGCAGCAGCAGGGAAUGGAGGAUUUAAGUUACCUGCUCCUCUUGCAUGCUUCCAGAAGGCAAGAAGGAGAGCAGCACGAAGGCAGCAAGCUGCUGCUGCUGUUGCUGCUGCUGCUGCUGGUCAGUCUGCAGCAGGGGGUCCUGCUGCAGUGUCUGCAGCAGGAACGAGGCCUCUUCCCCUCAACAGCAGCAGCAGCAGCAGCAGCUAUGCACAGCAACCUGUUCUUGGUAGCUAUAGCAGCAGCGCAGUGGCACAACGGGCACCUUGGCUACAGCAGCAGCAGCUGCAGCUGCAGCAGCAACCGCUGCAGCAGCAGCAGCAGCAGCAAUUGCAGCAGCAACAACUGCAGCAACUGCAGCAGCAGCAGCAACAACCGCUCUCUCCUCCUGGUGUCUCCCGUGCGUUGCCUUCUUAUGGCGAUCUUGAUGCAGCAGAGUGGCAGCAGCAGCAGCAGCAGCAGCAGCAGCAGCAGAUGCUGCAGCAGCACCAGCAGCAGCGUCGUCGGCAGCACAGCAGCAGCGGCCCUUCAUCGUUUAUCCCGUCAGCAGCAGCAGUCGCAGCAGCAGGUGGGGCUUAUAUAGGAGAUGCAGCAGCUGCAGCUGCAGCAGCAGCAGCAGGUGUGGGGCCGCUGCAGCAGCUGCAGCAGCUGCAGCAGCAGAUAAAGGUACGACCGCAGCAAAGAAAGAUGACAGCAAGAGAACGCGUACAGUGGCAGCUUGCUAGAAGCAGGGGGAUGCUGUAG